AUGCUUGAGAACUUCUCUCGCGCUGUGCGCAACUACGUGCCAACUUCCAUUCCUGUUCCUGCCUCCGCACCCUCUCCGCCGCGGGUAUCAAGACCCGUUUCUUUUGGUAGCUUCAUGGCCCCUCCUGGCGCUUCAAGUCGUUCACCAGGUCCAAAUAUACCCAUUGUCUCUCCAACCGCCAGGAAGCCUCUUGGCGCUGGUCCAAUUGGAAAUCAACAGAAUUGGAGAAUGAGACCAGGCGCCAGACUUGACUCAGCAGACGACGAUGAACAUGCUAUCUUCGGCUCUGACGAUGAGGACUGUGAAAGCGCGUUCUCAGGAGAUCAACCCCUAACGACUUACCCUACCGCCGCUGAAGGCGACUCUAUUGUGUGGUCCCGCUGGGACACCCUCAUUGAGAACGGUUCGAGACCUCGGCGUAUACUGUUACUUGGCUACACCACUGGCCUUCAGAUUUGGGACUGCACACUCCUGGGAUCAGUGUCCGAGAUUCUGAAUCUUACUGAUUAUCCCUUUGGGUCCGUUACCUUUGCUGGUGUGCUUGCGACUCCGCACUCCUCUGGAGAACGUGAAUAUGACAGUUCCAGGCCUCUAAUUGGUGUAAUCUCUAGGUCGAAAGACAAGUCAACGAUGUCUAUUUAUUCAUUGCGGGCUCACAAGGUCAUCAAGCAUCUUCCGUUUGUUAAUGUAACAACCUUUACUUCAAGUGCACACUUCAUUGUCAUCAAUACUACAAAUCCACCAACUCUACACAUUCUUUCUUCAGCAUCCUUUACAGAACUACAUACUAUUUCUUCGCUUGCCAUUCUUCCUUCGUACACAACAAUUCCAUAUAAAGCCAAUACCAACAACAUUGUAUCAUUAACACCGAUAGACUCCAUCAACACCAACCAUGCUUCUCAUGACUAUCCCGUCCCCAUAUUUGCUCUUUCUCAUCGCAUCUUGGCAUAUGCUUCCCUGCCUCCUAGAGCAGAUUCUCAUGUUGGAGCCGUUUCUCAGCCUCGCACGCGCCUACGCUCCCCGUCAAGCACCCUCGGAAUAUCUCAUGCUGCUGCACUCAAGGUCGGGGGGACCGUCCUCAGCGGGGUGAAGUCCCUUGGUGGAAUAGCAUAUUCCGCUGCUGCGGAGUAUGCGAAAUCUCGCGCGGGCGCGGGAGAUCAAUCACGCGCGGCUCAAGGGCAAACAUCAGUGAUGAGUGGCGUCAGUAACCUCUUCUUUUCACGGAGCGCCCCUGCUGCGAGCAGCGGCCAUUCGGACCCAACCGAAGUUACGUCUCUGUCGCCGGCGCUAUUUCCAAAUACCCAAGACCGACAAGAGGAAGUAGAGACGCUAUCGUCGGGUUAUCAUAUUACAGUACUAGAUCUGGCUUCCCUUUUGUCCGGAGACAGUCCGUCCGUACGCAUCAUUUCCGAAUUCGUCGCAUUUAAGCACCAGCCCGUGUCCUCUCUCAAGUUCACUCUUGAUGGGACCUCCUUGCUAGUAUCUCCUAGGGAUGGGCAAGCCGUUCGCGCUUUCCAGAUUCGGCCUACGGCGAGUGUUUUACUUCCCACCGACAAGAAGUAUGCUGGCGACCAUCAAAUCGCGCUCGUCGGGCGCCAAUUCAAUGCUGAACAAAGUUCACCGUGGCACAUGUACAAUCUACGCCGAGGUCGGACAACUGCCGUCAUUGAUGGGAUCGAAGUUUCGGCGGAUGGGCGGUGGGUCGCUUUUGGGACUAGGAAAGCGACAGUACACGUCUUUGCUAUCAAUCCAUAUGGCGGAAAACCAGACUUGCGAAGCCAUAUGGAGAACAGGGUUCGGAAUACAAAUGAAGCCCAUGUCCCAUUGUCCGUUGAAUUGUCAUCGCUUGUGCGUCUCAGAUCCGUCAAGGCGUCCGCUCACGGCGGCGUCAAGCCGGGAAUUACCUUUACGUUCCUUCCUAGCGACACACCGUUGCCUGCCAGCCUCCAGCCUCCCCCAUCUGCCAUCACAUCGUCUCCUAGCACGUCCUCAAGUCGUUCUGAUCAACCUUCUCCGCUUCGGGCGAGGAAGACUGCCAACUUUCAGGAUCUUCUUCUCUUUGAUCCCUCUGAUGGUGUACUAUCUUUGCGACGUAUCAUGCUCGAUCAACGUCCUCGUGAUACAGGUGCAUUUUCAUAUACAUUAGCCAACUUGCCAACGAGCAUGUCGCUUCCUGGUACUAGUGCCACUGGUCGUCUCAGCACAUCGCCACACAAUCGCGUCGGCGUCGCGUCGACCAAGACUUCCGGCCUAACUCAAAUGAUGUUGGAAUCUGCCAGCGAAUUGCAUGGACGAGAUACCAUGAUCGCUACUUGGCAGCUUAGACGACACCGAGAUUGGGGCGAAGUAAAGCACGUGCAGCGAUUGAAUGCGUGGUCUCCUGGACGAACGCCUAUUGCAAAGUAUGCGCUAUUGUCAACAAGUGGCUUUGAUGCUGACGCAGAUCGCAUUGCUUUUAGCUCCCUUGUUCAUGCAGAACUAUCUACAUAUUCCAGGUCGCCGAAUGUGAAUCCUCGCCUUAUCUAUCUCGCCCACCAAUUCAGCUUUUACACUCUGGGCGAAGAUUACCAUGCUCUCAUUCGCCGCAAUCGACUAGACAUAACAGGGACCAAGAUGGACGUGCGCAAGGAGGUAGAAGUCAGUGCAUAUUCCGCAGGCACUGGAGAGUCCUUUGUCGAGGGAUUUUCGCCUCGUGAUAUGGGACGAGUCGUGUCUUCCUUUGACGAACCAAUAGCGUCUGCUAUAUCUGCCGAUAUGGAGUACCCGCGUUCAUCUCGGUCUCUCAUCCCCAUGCUCCCGAACGGGGCUGGUUUGAAGCCACGGUCCUUUAAGAACCCCAUCCCCAUCCGCGCAAUGACAUCAAAUAUUGCCGAAGGUGUCGGAGAAGGUUUUGGUCGUAUCCGAAGAGAGAUCAAUCGAGUUCGUUCCCCACAGCUUGUACGACCAGAGGGUCUAUCAGCGUCCGUUCCUCUUGAGUUUGAUGAGCAUGACGAGGAUCUAGUGUUCCCAGGGAUGGAACGGGAUGAUGACGUUGUGGAUGACAAUGGGUCCAGAGGUGAAGACGCCACGGACCCUUCGAUUGAUACACCUCCUACCGAUGCUGAGCUGUGCGAUGAUGGAACCGAGUUAUGGCAUGGUUGGACAGAAGAGGAUAAGCUCGCCGUGGAUGAGGCAGAACAGUUUGACGAUGUCGUCGGAUUCUUGGACGAGGAGCAGACGCCAGCGAUUCAAGCGGAGCAAAGGAGGGCGAACAGGAAACAGCUUUGGUAG